AUGAAGCAGUGCUUCUUCAAUGAAAGCAUCGUAUUCUUCUACAAUAAUAGCGGAAAAGAAUUAUCGACGACAUGGAGACCGAAAGAUGCUCUGGUGGUCGGCUUGGGACUAACCGUGUGUGUCUUUGUGCUGUUUACCAACAUCUUAGUUAUAACAGCCAUUAUAAUCAACAAACGCUUCCACUACCCUAUCUACUACCUCCUAGGGAACCUGGCAGCGGCCGAUUUAUUUGCUGGAGUGGCCUACACUUAUCUCAUGUUCCAUACUGGACCACGGACAGUCACCCUAAAUGUGAAAACGUGGCUACUGCGGCAGAGCUUACUGGACACUAGCUUGACAGCCUCUGUGGCCAAUCUGUUGGCCAUAGCUGUGGAGCGACACCAGACAGUAUUUACUAUGCAGCUUCAUAGUAAGAUGUCCAACCAACGGGUUUGCAUCCUCAUAGCCUGUAUAUGGCUUGCGGCCUUGUUACUGGGCCUUAUACCAUCUUUUGGCUGGCACUGCAUUUGUAAUCUUGAGAGUUGCUCGCGGAUGGCCCCUUUGUACAGUCGGAGUUAUCUCAUCUUUUGGGCGGUAUCCAACUUGGUGGCCUUUCUGAUUAUGAUGGUGGUAUACUUGCAUAUCUUUAUAUAUGUCAAGAAGAAGAUGGUGAGGAUGUCUAAGCACACGUCAUUCCAUCCCAAAUAUCGGGAGACCAUGAUCAACUUAAUGAAGACCGUGUUCAUCAUCUUAAGUAAGUACUGCGUUGUGGUUUUUGAAGUUAAAGUAUUAUUAUUAUACAGGGUGGAUUUGAUUUAA